AUGAGAUUACCAGAUAAUAUGAGGUCAAAAUCUUCAACUCCGAGUCCGUUAGAUUAUUCAACAUCUAGUUUUACAAGAUUUGGCAAGCUUUCAUCACCGGCUUAUACGAUACAAUCAAAAGGAUCAUUUACAGAAACUAAAACCUUAACUCCCGGACCUUUAGAUUAUCAUCCAACGGAUGAAAACAAAACAAAAAGUAUAAAAUCAUAUACUUUUGGCUAUGGUAAUCGUACACCAUUCAUUGUUAAAACGGAUACACCACCACCAAACAAAUACACAGUACCGACAACGAUAGGAAACAACGUACCUGAUAAAAAGAAAAUAGGAAGAGCUUAUUCGAUGCAGGGAAGAAGGGAAACAGGAUUGUUUAAAUCAUCGACACCAGGUCCUGGAGCAUACGAUACAGUUAGCAUUGAUGUGUAUAAAAAAAAAGAACCAGCCAUACCAUUCACCGGACAUAGACAACCCCCGUUUUUACCAAAGGAUCCUCACAUACCCGGACCAAGUCAAUAUAAUACACUUAAUUGUAAUAUUGAUAGAAUAAAAGGUAAAUGUGCACCAAGAGCACCAUUUGGUAUUAGACAUUCUCCAAAAAAAUUUACUGUUUUUACUCAAGCUGACAUCAUGUAUUGA